AUGGAUGAUGAUGAAGAUCCAUCCGCAAUAAAUCGAUAUCCUGAUAAUAAUGAUUCUAGUCUUUACCUGCUAUUCGCAAACCGUUCAGCCAGUGGCACAAGAUGCCAGCAUACCGAUUGGGAUCGAUGUGAAGCAAUUCGAAUACAAGAAAUGCACGAAGCUAGAGAUAGAGCUGCCCAAAUGGAAAAAAUUAUGAGAUGGUGGAAAGAUUGUACUGCUGAAUGGAGAGAGAAAUGGCUUGUUGUGAAAGAAGAGAGAGAUGAAGCUCGUGAAGAAGGGUCAUCUUAUAAAAAAUUAUUUGUGGAAACUAAGGCAAAGUUGGACAAAAUUGUUCCUGAAAAAAUUGUAUUAGAGUCAGAAUUGGAAGACACUAAAAAUACGCUACGGGAGAUAACAAUGGAUCAACUGAGGAGAGACGUACUUGAAUACGAUGAUGACAGACGACGAAACGAAAGCUCCGCAGAAAAAGAUGAAUUAGAGAGAGCAGCCCAGUUACAGAAAAACGCUAAUUUGGAGAGAUUGUUGGCAACGAGCCAAGAGACAAUAAAGAGGUUGGAGCAACUAAGUAAGCAACACAAAGAGCAGAUAAAAUCUUUGACGGAGAAAUCAGCAAACCGUGAAAAAGAAUUGAAGGAAGAGUUAUGCAAGUUGAAAGAUCAAUAUGAACCUAAGGAAGAGAAGUUAUCGAAAACGUUCAGUAAUGGAAUGAGUUUGAAUAAAUAA